UAUGUGUAUUUCUUCUUCUCACUGAACACAUAUUUUACCUUGUAACAUGUCCUCAUAAAUUAACCAAUCACCUUGAAGGAUUGAUUCAUUUGGUCAAGGUUAAACUUUUUAUGGCCGUACAAAUUCAGUGAUAGGCAAAUUCUCAGACAAUGGUAGUUCAUUUUUGUUUUGGGAUUAUUCUAACGACAACUAUUUCAUCAGUGCAUUACUUGGAAUGUCUUGUUUAAAUUUAUUUAAAUUAUCAAAAAAUAAAUCAAAAUGUGAAAUAAUUAAAAAGCCAAAGAAAAUUAAACAAUCGAAAACAGAUAGCAAAUGGGGUUGGGUAAUCGUUGCAUCAUCGUUCUUGAUACAGUUAAUCAUUGAUGGAACACUCAGUGCAUAUGGUGUUUUAUACUUAUCUUUAAGAAAUGAUGAAGUAUUUAUCAAUGCAAAUUAUUCACAAACAGUAUUAUCACUGCCUGGAACUAUUCAACCUGGAUUUUUUCUUUGUACUGGUGCAUUUGUCAGUCCACUUAUUCGUAUGUUUGGAUUUCGUAUUAGUGGAUGUUUUGGAGCAUUUCUACUUGGUUUUGGUAUGUCUGUAGCAAGUUAUCUAAACAAUAUACACGCGUUUACAAUAUUUUAUGGAAUUAUAUCAGGUUCUGGUUUUGGUAUUCUAAUGGUAUGCGCUAUUGUUGCAGUCAAUUAUUACUUUGAUCGUUAUCGUGGUAUAGCAUCUGGUAUAGCAAUGUCUGGCGCGGGUAUUGGUACAUUAUCUAUACCAGUAUUGUAUAAUUGGAUUAUGCCUAUAAAAGGUUGGCGAUUAAGUCUACUGAUGUAUUCACUGAGUGUCAGCUUACUAACAGCAUUAGCUUCACUUACUUUUAAACCAUUUAUUACCGGUAAUGUUGACAGUGAUGCUGAAUUCACUGAACAGUCUGUAAUUAUUGAAGAAAUGAAAAUCAAUAAUAAUCCAGAUGAAAUAUGUGUUAUAAAGAAUAUACCAGAAAUUCAGUGUUUUGAUGAAAAAACAUCACAAUCAGAUGAAAUGAUAAAUCCGAACAGAACUGGUGAUACAGUAAUUCAAUCAAAUGGUAAACUUGAUGAGUCUACACUACAAGUUAUAAAAAAUCCUACAAAAGAAGAAAGCGAAGAAAUAAAUGAACCUAAUGGUCCGGCUUCAUCAGAUAAAGAAAAAAGCCAAUUGAAUAUUGAUGCUUGUGAUAAACUUCUACGUGAUAGUAAUACAAAGAAAGAGAGAAAAAUUUCUAUUGGAUUCACUAAUGCUCUACGUCAAUUUUUGUUAAAUCAAAAAGACUUACCAGCCUCGUCAGAAAAUGUCAGUGAUGUAGGAGAAGAGGCAGGAGAAAACGACGACUACGACGACGAUACAGAGUCAACAGUCGGUUCAAGACUAUGGAAAUCAAGUUUAGGCUUUAAACAAUCAAAACCAUCGUUUACAAGUCGUCAGUUGAAUAAACCAGAAACUGAUCAUCAUGUUAAGCGUAUAAGACGUAUGACAACAACAACAACAACCACAGAUUCACACGGUUAUGAUCCCAUACAUUAUUCAAAUCAUGUGAUAAUAACACCAGUGAAGAAGACUCGAAGAAAAAAAUUCAUGUCCCAGUUCUCUACACCAUUUGAUAAACCAGAUGCAUUUUAUUCAGCUAGUCUAGCAAAUUUAAAUCCACGUUCUUCACAAAUACUUGUUGCUUAUAAAAAAUCAAUAUGUACUGCAAAUCCAUAUUCUAAAGGUUUAACUUCACUACACAAUUCAUCUAAACCAUCAUUAAUUUAUUCUACGAAUGAACCAAUGAGUAAGAAACGCAGUACUACUGAUUUUAUUAGUAGUAAUAUGUCAAUCCAAUCGUUUUCUUCUUCAAUGUUAAAUAGACAACAAGAUCAAGAAACAUUACAACCGGUACCACCACCACCCCAGCAACAGCAACAACAACAGCAACAGCAACCGCAAAUGGAACAAUUAACCUCAUUUGAUAAUCAGAUCUUUAGAUCUACACGAAGUAAUAUCUUCUCUGAGUGGGAUGUCAUACCAGAAGAAGAGUUAAUCACUACUACGACUAAUGAUAAAAAUAAUAAUAACAGUAAUGUUAAACAUGAAAAUUACAAAUGUACAGUUGAAAGGGAAUAUUCAACAGAGAUGCCGUUCAUGCAUAAACCUCAAAGAUAUUUGAUAACAUUUGGUCAAAGAACAAUUAAACUAUUUGAUUUAGGUUUAUUUACUGAGAGUUCAUUUUUAUAUUUAAUUGGAAUUGGGAUAACAAGUCAACUGGCGUACUUUAUUCCAUAUGUUUAUUUAAUUGACUGUGCAAUAAGUUAUGGAAUGGAACAAGAUCGUGCUGUCAUUAUUGUGAUGAUAUUAAGUAUACUGCAUACAAUUGGUCGUGUUAUCUCCGGAAUUAUGGCGAAUAUCUUUCAUUUUGAUUCAGUUUAUUUAAGUGGAUUAUCAACAUUCAUUGGGGGAUUAGCUCAUCUACUGCUUGUUUUCAUAUUACCGCAUACAUUUACAUGGUAUGCAAUAUAUGCAAGUGUUUAUGGUCUAUGCAGUGGUAUACCUGUUCCACUUAUACCAAUACUUCUAGUUCGUUUCAGUGGGCUUGAACGUUUAACAACAAGUUUUAGUAAUUUAAAUUUACUAAAAGGCAUCUCAUCAAUGGUUGGACCUGUGAUAGCAAUAAGCAUAGUUGAACAAACUGGCAAGAAAGAUUAUUACUUCCUUGUCGCUGGAAUAUGUUAUAUAACUUCAGCACUACUACAUCUCGGAUUAUGUAGAUAUCCAUGCUGUAAAAAACCUCAGUCAGCUGAUGACGAUGAUUUUGAAGAUCCAUAUGCUGUGUGUUGUUCAUGUAUGACGAAAGGCCAGUCAACAGAAAAGACCAAUGCAUAAUACGGUAAUUGUACACUGGACACAAUGAAGACAGAAUAACUAAACAAAGAAGAAAGAGAUUGUGUGUGUUUCUCUCUUCAAUAAAUAAAAACAACACCUAUUAUUAUUAUGAUUCAACCAUUUCCAAAUUCUAGUGAUUAGUCAAAUUUUAUAAACUUCCUUCCAGCAUUUUGUUUUUAUAAAAGUCUGGUUUUUUUAGUAGUACAAAGAUAUUUUUUUUUGUCUAAAAUGAAUAAAGAGAACUAUUUUUUAA